AAAGCUUGUAAUUUGACAAAACCUUUUGAUUGCACAAUGGCCGACUACGAGUAUGGAAUCUGUCCGUAUGACGACACCCACCGCAUCAUGCUCUUCCGGAUGCCCAAGCACAUCGUAAAGUGCGAGAAGAACUACCACGGACCGCCGUUGAAGACCUGCAAAUACAACGCCACGCACCGCGUUCGCGACAUGGAGGAGCACCUCAAGGAGUGUCCCUACUAUCUCCAAAGUUUGGACAACGAAGCUGUCCAGAUGGCCCUCACCACUCGCAUUGCGCCCAUGCUGGAAGAUGGUCAUGAUGUCAGCACACCACUCUAGAUUCUA